AUGUGGGGUGUGGGGAGCCGGGGGGUGCUCCUGGCGCUGGUCCUGCUCCCAGGGCUCUGUGAGGGAUUCAACAUCGACGUGGGGCGUUCGCGGGUCUUCCAGGGGCCCCCCGAGUCCCAGUUUGGGUACCGGGUGCUGCAGUGGGGGGGCGAUGGGGACAAGUGGCUGCUGGUGGGGGCCCCAUGGGAUGGGAACGGUCAAGGUGACAUCUACAAGUGCGGCAUGGGACUCCAAAACUCUUCCUGUGCCAAGGCCAACCUAGGGGCUGCAGCUCCAUGGCUCCACAGCAGCGCUGGGCACCUCGGGAUGACAUUGGUAGACUCCAAGAACGGUGGAUUUGUGGCGUGCGCCCCACUUUGGUCCCAGGAAUGUGGCACCUCUGUGUUCAGCUCUGGCCGCUGUGUCCAACUCAAUGAGAAGCUCCAGCCCAUGGGGACCAUUGCACCCACAACACAGCGCUGUUCUACCUACAUGGACAUCAUCCUGGUUCUGGACGGCUCCAACAGCAUCUACCCCUGGGAGGAGGUGCAGGCAUUUCUUGGGAACAUCCUGGGACGCUUCUUCAUCGGUCCUGGGCAGACCCAGGUGGGGGUGCUGCAGUAUGGAGAGCGGCUGGUGCAGGAGUGGGCACUGGGGCAGCACCCCACGGCCCAGCGCCUGCUUGAGGCUGCCCGGAAUCUGACGCGUCAGGAGGGGAGGGAGACUCGGACGGCCAUGGCCAUCCGGCAGGCAUGCACAGAGUCCUUCAGCCCAGCGCAAGGCGGGCGCCCAGGGGCUACGCGGCUGCUGCUGGUGGUGACAGAUGGGGAGUCCCAUGACGGGGAUGAGCUGCCGGCAGCGCUGGCAGAGUGCGACCGGCAAAAUGUCACCCGCUAUGCCAUCGCUGUCCUGGGGCACUACCUGCGUCGGCAGCAGGAUCCUGAGGAUUUCAUCCGGGAGAUCAAGUCCAUUGCCAGUGACCCCGAUGAGAGGUAUUUCUUCAAUGUCACAGAUGAGGCUGCCCUGAAUGACAUUGUGGAUGCUCUGGGAGAUCGGAUCUUCAGUCUGGAAGGCACCCACGGGGACAACGAGAGUGCCUUUGAGCUGGAGAUGUCCCAGAUCGGCUUUUCCAUCCACCGCCUCGAGGACGGGAUCCUCUUUGGAAUGGUCGGAGCCUAUGACUGGGAGGGGGGUGUGCUGGAGGAGAGCCAGCGUGGACGCAUUGUUCCACACCGGGAAGCGUUUCAGAAGGAAUUCCCGCUCGAGCUGAAGAACCAUGCAGCAUAUCUGGGGUACUCCGUGUCCUCGCUGCAGCUCGCAGGAGGGCAGCGCUUGUUAGUGGCUGGUGCCCCCCGAUUCCAGCACAAGGGCAAAGUUAUCCUCUUCCAGCUGGACCCCAUGGGGACUGUGACGGUGGCCCAGGCACUAAUGGGGGAGCAGAUCGGCUCCUACUUUGGCAGCGAGGUCUUGGCCCUGGACCUGGAGGGAGAUGGGGACAGUGACCUGCUGUUGGUGGCCGCACCCACCUACCUGGAGGGCCAGAGCAGGGAGACAGGGAGAGUCUAUGUGUACCGUGUGGGGCAGGACCUCCUGAGCCCCGCAGGGUCGCUGCACCCUGAGCCGAGACCGCAGGACUCCAGAUUCGGCUCCGCCCUGGGCGCGGUGCCGAACCUGAGCCAGGACGGGCUGGUUGGAGCCGUGGUGGGAGCUCCGCUGGAGGACGAGCACCGCGGGGCUCUCUACGUGUUCCAUGUCGCCCCGGACACCCUCCUGCCCCAGUACAAGCAGCGCAUCGAGGCGGCGGCGCUGGGGUGGAACCUCCGGUAUUUCGGGAUCAGCGUGGACGGACGGGUGGACAUGGAUGGGGAUGGGCUGGUGGACGUGGCCGUAGGGGCGCAGGGUGCGGCUGUAGUGCUGCGGUCCCGCUGGAUCAUCCAGGUGUCUGCAUGGAUGUCUGUGGAGCCAGCGGCCGUCAGUGUCACACGCCGGAACUGCCAGCGCAACGGCUCCAGCGCCGUCUGCCUCCGGGCCCGGAUCUGCUUCCGUGCUGAGACACGCACACAGAACCCCAUGGGCAUGGAUAUUGAUCUCCGGUACAAUGUAUCCCUGGAGGAGCGGAUCCCAGGAUCCCGUGCUGCCUUUGACUCAGGUGCCCGCAGGCUGCUCCAGCGCCGAAUUGAGUUCCCACUGGGAAGGCAGAGCUGCAUCCGCAUCCCCUUCCAUGUCCUGGACACCUCAGAUUACCUGCGGCCCCUCAGCCUCAGCCUCACCUGGGCCCUGGAUGUAUCUGCGAGGUCGGUGCUGGAUGAGGCAUCUCCCACCACCAUCCACAGACUGAUCCCAUUUUUCAAGGAUUGUGGGGACGACGAUGAGUGUGUCACCGACCUGGUGCUCAAGGCCACCACAGACAUUGUGGGCUCCAGGCAGAGCCCCCACAUCCUGCGGAAAGGCCGGAGGCGGAUGCUGGUGGAGGUGGAGCUGGAGAACCGGGAGGAGAAUGCCUACAAUGCCAGCCUGUGGCUGCACCUGCCCAGGAACCUCCACUUCUCCAGCCUCAUGCUCCAGGAUCCCAGCACGGUGAAGUUGGAGUGCUCAGCCCUGGGUGGGCACCGCCGGCGCUGCAGUGUAGGGUACCCUGUCUUCCGCUCGCAGGCCAAGGUGUCCUUCACCUUGGAGCUGGAGUUCAGCUGCUCCAUCCUUCUGGACUGUGCUGAAGUCACACUCCAGGCCACCAGUGACAGCACCGAGGUGACACCACAGGACAACGUGGUCAAGCUUUCUGUUCCCAUCCGCUAUGAGCCCAACCUGUUCCUGUCCAGUAACACCAACCUGCAUCGCUAUGAGGUUCAUCCCCUUGGCACCUUCACCCGCAGCUCUAGCCCUGAGUUCACCACCACGGUCAAGGUGCAGAAUUUGGGGUGCUACCCCAUCCAGAACAUCACCUUGCACGUGGCCCUGCCAGCACUGGGCCACCAUCGGGCCACCAUUAUGUCUGUCACCCAUGUGCUCGCUGAAAAUGCCACCUGUGUGCUGCAACCUCCUGAUGAGGGGACAGAGGUGGUCCCAGUGCCCCCUGAGGACCUGCUGCAUGUAGAAAGGCUGGACUGUUCCAACACCUGGUGCCAGGAGCUGAGUUGCCGCCUGGGGAGGCUGGAGCGUGGUGGGGGAGUCUCCGUCCAGCUCCUGCGCACCCUCCACGACAGCUUCUUCAGCAGAGUGAAGUUCCGGAGUGUGAGGAUAGUCAGCAGUGUCUGGCUGGGGGUCACAGGGGACAUGUUGGUGCUGGAGGAGGGGGCACAGCACAGGGAGAUGGUACUGGAAGUGCUUCAGGGAAGGCGAGUGCCCGUGUCCCUGUGGAUCCUGGGGGGCAGUGCCCUGGGGGGGCUCCUGCUCCUGGCACUGCUCAUCCUUGGCCUCUGGAGGCUGGGAUUCUUCUCCCACCGGAAGCUCCCCCGGGAGGAUGAGGAGCACUGAGGUGGCGGCUCUGCCACAGGAGGACAUCCUGGGACCUCCCUCUCGGGACACAUUCCAGGGCCAUCCUAGGGCUCGGGACUCCUGGGCUGGCAGAGCAAUGAGCAAGAGAUGCUGGAGCCCCGAGAGCGGAGCCAGAGGAUCUGGGGGAACAUCUGGAAGUGGGAAAAGUGGGAAUGAGCUGG